AUGCCGCGGCACCCAGGCAGCCGAUCCGAUCAUCCAAGGCCGGCAAAACCGCAGCCCAGGCGGUCGCAAACCUCCUGGACCCCACCGACGAACCGCCCCGAGACUGGACCCGACGCCACCAGUUCGUCCGGCCUCCCUCCGCCAGCCAAAAAGGCAAAGCCAGUCCCACUGGAGGGGGACUCAAGCUCCGGUAGCGAGAGCGAUCUCGAGGAGAACUCACUUCAGCGAGAGCUGGACAAGGCGAAGGAGGCGUGCCUGGACCCCCUCGUUCACCGCUACCCCGCAAAACUCCACGGGCCACUGCUGCGCCUGCAGGAGAAAGCCAUCCGGGUCGGGGCCAAAAGGAGCGUGGUUGAGCGCUAUAAGAACUUAGCGAAUUUCGUCCUCGAAAACCCCUCGAAGACAAACAUGUGGUAGCUGGUGGCCGUA